AUGAUUCUCGCUUCGGGUGCGAGAGGUCCCGGUUUCGAUCACCGGCUCAGCCCACCUCGUUUGCUGGUUUUGAAAACGCAGAUUUUACUUGAGCAGUUCUUGUCAACAUCGAUACAUGAUGGCUUCUCACUUUGUCGUCAUUCAUUCUUUCCCGCUUGUUCUCGUCAUUUGCGAUCUCGUUUGAUUCUCAAUAAAAUAAUGGCACAACAUUAUGGCUAUGCUGGGCAACCACCCUAUCAGCAGCCAGGUUAUCAGAAUCAGAAUGGAGGAAAUCCAUAUCAGCAAGGUCCACCAUAUCAGCAUGGU